GAGUGCAUCUUUAAGGAUUACAGCCACACUCUAGUUCCACCAGGUUUUGUCUCCCCAGCAGUCAUGAUCCUAAGCAUUGCCCUCAUUUGGGCCAUAGUAGUUGGGCUCUGUUGUUGUCUUUGGCUUAUCACAGGAAUACGCAGAAGACAGCCUGGGGAGCCUCCAGUAGAAAAUGGAUGGAUCCCUUACCUUGGCUGUGCUCUUCAGUUUGGCGCAAACCCUUUGGAGUUUCUUCGCAGCAGACAGAAGAAAUAUGGUCACAUUUUUACAUGCAAAAUUGCUGGGCAGUAUGUCCAUUUCCUUUGUGAUCCAUUCUCCUACCAUGCCGUCAUCCGCCAAGGAAGGCAUCUUGACUGGAAGAAAUUUCACUUUGAUGCCUCUGCAAAGGCAUUUGGUCAUGAGAGCAUGGAUCCCAGCCAUGGUUACACCACUGAAAAUCUGCAUCAGACAUUCCUAAAGACUCUGCAAGGAGAUGCCUUGUCUUCUCUUAUUGAGACCAUGAUGGAAAACCUUCAGAGCACCAUGCUGCAGUCAGGCAUGCUGAAGGCUGAAACUUCCAAGUGGCAGAGCGAUGGUAUUUUUGCCUUCUGCUACAAGGUCAUGUUUGAAGCAGGCUACCUGACCCUCUUUGGAAAAGAAUUGGAUGGGGACCAGAGCAUUGCACGCCUGCAAGCCCAAAAAGCUCUGGUGCUCAAUGCUCUGGAGAACUUUAAAGAAUUUGAUAAGAUCUUUCCUGCUCUGAUCGCUGGCCUCCCCAUUCACGUUUUUAAGAGUGCCUACAGUGCUCGCGAGAACCUCGCCAAGACUAUGCUCCACGAGAACCUCAGCAAACGUACCAAUGUGUCUGACCUCGUAUCCUUGCGCAUGCUCUUGAAUGACACAUUAUCUACCUUCAAUGAGCUGAGCAAAGCCAGGACCCAUGUGGCCAUACUGUGGGCUUCACAAGCCAACACUUUGCCUGCAACCUUCUGGACCCUGUUCUAUAUGAUCAGGUGCCCUGCGGCCAUGAAAGCUGCUAGCGAGGAAGUAAGGCGAACGUUUGAAAGUUCUUAUCAGAAAAUCGAUCCAACGAAUUCUCGACUUGUACUAACAAGGGAACAGUUGGACAACAUGCCAGUUCUAGACAGUAUCAUUAAAGAGGCGAUGAGACUGUCCAGCGCGUCCCUGAAUGUGAGAAUGGCCAAGAGCGAUUUCCUUCUUCACCUGGACAACAAAGAGUCUUACCACAUCCGCAAAGAUGAUGUAAUUGCUCUGUACCCUCCGAUGAUCCACUUUGAUCCUGAGAUCUAUGACAAUCCUCUGGCAUACAAGUAUGAUAGAUACCUUGACGGGAAUGGGCAGGAGAAGACCAGCUUUUACAGAAAUGGACGCAAACUUCGUUACUACUACAUGCCCUUCGGCUCUGGGGUGACCAAGUGUCCGGGCCGUUUCUUUGCUGUGCACGAGAUUAAGCAGUUUCUGUCUCUUUUACUAGCGUACUUUGAGAUGGAACUUUUGGACUCUGAUGUGAAAGAACCACCGUUGGACCAGUCUCGUGCUGGACUGGGUGUUUUGCAGCCCACCUAUGAUGUUGACUUUCGAUAUAGACUCAAAUCUCACUAAGGAUCUCACACUUAUUUAUUGACUGUUGACUUAAACUGUAAAUAAUGUAUAUUUUGCGUCAUGUCCAAGUAGACAAAUGUGUUCUUUCUAUUCAACUUGAUUAGAGAGAGAUUUUAGGAAGUUUAAAAGGAACUUUAGAGCUCUCCUUUUAAAAUUUUCAGUAACAUUUACUGCACUUGUGCUAUGUGUAUUCAUAGUAUUCUUCUCAGUUAUUAAACUACUAUCUGGCAGUAUUCAAAAUAUGAUAUUGUACAUUGCUUAGAAAAUGUAAUCACCCACAUCCUCUUUCAUCGGCUGUUCACCAUUUUUGUAAAAUGAUAUGUGCUUUGUGAAUUUUAUUUUGAAUAUACAUAGUGAUUUUUUUUUUUCUUACUAAAAAAAAAAGUGUGUCUUAUUCACCCGCCGUUUAAAGGUUCUGUAAGUAAUUUUAGAUGGAAUUAUAUGUAGAUGAUCCUACCCCUUGAAAGAUAUCAAUGAAAUAACUGUCCUGAUGUAUCACAACGAUCUCUGUAACAGCCUCUGUAAAUAGUAUUUUAAAAAGUCAGAAUCGCGGUCAGACUAGCCAAUCAGAGUUUUUUUUUUUAGGAGUUUUUGCACAUUUCACAGUGUACAGUCCAUAGAUGAGUGCCAAAUAUGAACUUGGAGCGGGUUGGUAUGUGUUUGAAGGGUGCUAAAAGUUCGCGAUUCUGUCAAUAACGGCGUACAUAACCAAACAUCUUAAAGAGAAUAGGAGUAGGCUACAGGGGAAAAUAAUGACACCAAAAUUCUACGUGAUCGGAACAUCGCUACAGAUUUUCAUCGCUGGACUGCCUUUUGAAAAUAGUCACCAAUUUUUUAUUUGCUUCUGCUUGACAAGUAAAAAUACCAUGGUUACGUUAAAACUGCAGUGUUUAUUGGCAAAAAAUUAUAUCUCGAUAUUUUGCUAGUACCUUAGCAGGUUUAGGACUGCAGUGGACCUAAAGCUCCUAAAGUUUUUGAAAUUCUUCAUAUUCUUUGCGGUGGUUAGUCCACAACAGUGACAAAAUUAAAUUUUUCAUUAAGUUUAAACUGAUUUUUACCAUUUAUAGGCAUUUUUAGUUCAUAAGGGCAGUUUUAUAUAUGAAACUAAAACCACCAGUAAUAAGAGAAUUAGCCGCUUUACCACCGUUGGGCCGAACAGUUCAAAGAACGGAGCGAUUUCAGAUAUAUUUCCACUUAAGCCUGGUACGGCACUGCAGGAUUACAGUAGUGACAUUGCAACUCACGAUUGGUCGUACCUGCGACCGGAUCAGCACAGAAUGGAAUGGUUAAGCAAAGUAAUGAAACACCGCUGUGUGUUGCUCAGAGAUCGCAUACUUUCAAUUCAAAAUGACGACAUUUCAUUAAAAGUUGAGUAGUUUGCAUCCCUAGAUAGUCUAUUACUGUUGGUCACGGAACAUUUCUAUCGUAAAAUAGUUGUCUUACAACUUAUCUUUCCACAAACUCUCUUUGCAUUGUGUAGGACUGGAUAUUGACAAAUUCGAUUCGAUUUCGAUUCACGAGCUUGCAAUUCGAUUUGAUUCCAAUUCAAUUUGAUUCGAUUCAAUAUCCAUUUGAUUCAAUAUUUUGUAUAUAAAUCAGGAAGAGUACAUGGCAAAUUUUCUCAAGGAAAAAAAAUCUGUGUAAACUAUAGGCUACAUGUGAGUCAGAUAUUACAAUAAUAUUGAAGGUUAAAAUAAACUGAUUUGUUUACAAACACUUAAAUUAGACUCAAGUUUUUAUAACAAUAAAGAUAAAAUACUAACUUUACAAGUAUAUUUCUAAUCCAAUUCGUUUUUUGAAAUACAUUAUUUGAAAUGGUGGCUGUCAUAAAUACUUGACGGAUUUAUUCAAACAUGCAUUAAAUAUUGAAGAACAUUAAAAAUUAUAAUUAAUAUGUAA